AUGCUAUCUUAUACCUCCAAAAUUCCUUUCCUUGAGGACAAAACAGAUGAUAUAAUGAUAGGCGUGAAGUCUACUGCACUCCGUUUUGGGGAUAACACUAAGUUGUGGUUAAGCGGCUUCGGUGCCGCUACUGUUGGAGGUCUCUUUCUCACCGGUCAUCUAGCGGAACAAACAUGGCCGUACUAUGUUGCAUUGGCAGGUAAGAAUGCCUCAUCGACAAAUUGAUC